GCUCUCCCUUCUGCGCCUGCGCGAAGCCGAACCGAGCCGGGAUGCUCAGAAACGGUUGUCAGGACACCCAGGUGUGACCUCCUGCCCGGACAGGGCAUUGUCGAAAGAACGGUGCCUCCGCCCUCUGCCAAGAUGAUCCGCAUAGCGGCCUUGAAUGCCAGCUGCGCCGUGGAGGACGACCACGAGGGGACCUUCAAAAGCCACAAGACGCAGACCAAGGAGGCGCAGGAAGCCGAAGCUUUCUCCCUGUAUCACAAAGCCUUGGACCUGCAGAAGCAUGACCGCUGGGAGGAGUCGGAGAGAGCCUACCAGGAGCUGCUGGAGAUCCGUCUGCUGCGGGAGGCAGUUCUGUCUGGUGAUGAGAGAGAGGGCUUGAAGCAUCCUGGGCUGAUGCUAAAAUACUCGACUUACAAGAAUCUGGCCCAGCUGGCGGUCCAGCGGGAUGACCUGGAAGCAGCCAUGGAGCUCUACUUGGAGGCCGUGAUGCUGGACUCUACAGAUGUCAACCUUUGGUACAAGAUUGGCCGUGUGGCCAUGAAGCUGGUGUGCAUCCCACUGGCUCGCCAUGCCUUUGAGGAGGGGCUCCGCUGCAAUCCUGACCACUGGCCCUGCUUGGACAACCUCAUCACGGUCUUGUACACGCUCGGUGACUACACCACGGGCCUGUACUUCAUCUGCAAAGCCCUAGAGAAGGACUGCAGAUACAGCAAGGGGCUGGUGCUGAAGGAGAAGAUCUUCCAGGAGCAGCCCUGCCUCCGCAAAGACUCUCUGCGCAUGUUCCUCAAAUGUGAUAUGUCAAUCCAUGACGUGACUGUGAGUGCUGCGGAGACAAAGGCCAUUAUCGAUGAGGCUCUGGACCUACGUAAGAAGAGGCAGGCAUUGUUGGUGCAUGAGAAGGAGGCAGACCUCCGUCUGACUCAGCCUAUCCCAUUCUUCACGUGGAAGUGCCUCGGGGAGAGCUUGCUGGCCACCUAUGGCCACUUCACAUCAUGCGACCCGCCUCAGCCCAGCUUGGGUAGGAGAAUCGAACUCUCGGAGUAUCGAAACCCUGCCUCACUUUCCAUCCCUGCCCCGCCUUCGGCUGCCGUCAGCGUCCCCCCGCCCCCUCCUGCUGUGGCCUCAGCACCAGAGCCGCUGUUCCCCUAUGCUACCAUGGCACCCAGCUUUUCUCUCCCCAACCAGAGCUUACUGGAGGCUGUCACUCCUCUAGGGGAUGCCUCUGGGGGAGACAAAUCCAAGAAAGGCGUCAAGCGGAAGAGGCCGGUGGCCGAGGAGAGCGGGGAGACGGCCAAGAGACGGUCCGCGCGUGUCCGCAACACCAAAUGUAAGAAGGAGGAGAAGGUCGACUUCCAGGAGCUGCUGCUCAAGUUCCUGCCGCCCAGGCUAAGAAAACUAGACCCUGAGGAGGAGGAUGACCCCUUCAGUAACUAUGAGGUCCAGUCAGAAAUUAAGCAGGAGAACUUCCCCAGCGUGGGCACGCAUAGACUGUCCUUUGACUCCACCACAUUUGUGGAAUCAGAGCAGCAGGACGUGCAUAAGUUUUUUCUGGACAACAUGAACAAUGGUGGCCUCCUGGAGCUGAUGAUGAGGUACCUGAAAGUGAUGAGUCUGCAGUUCCUAGUGAAGUGGCCCCCAGGCUUGGGUCAGGUGGUUCUCAGCAUCUACAGCAGCUGGCGAAAGCACAGCAGUGGCCUGCCCAACCCCUUGCUCCGUGACUGCAGUGACCGGCACAUCAAGGACAUGAUGCUCAUGGGCCUGUCAUGCAUGGAGCUCCAGCUGGACCAGUGGCUUCUGGCCAAAGGCAAAAGCUGUGCAGUGUCUCCCCGGCAUUGCCCAGCCGGGGUGGUGAACGGCCGCUUUGGACCCGACUUCCCGGGGCCUCACUUCCUGGGAGACCUUCUGCAGCUGUCAUUUGCCUCCUCCCAGCGGGACCUCUUUGAGGAAGGCUGCUUGGAAUUCAUCGUCAGGGUGUACUGGCUGAAGGCUCGCUUUCUGGCCCUGCAGGGAGAUAUGGACCAGGCCCUGGAGAACUAUGACAUCUGCACAGAGCUCCUCCAGAGCGCGACCGCUGUCCAGGCCGGCAGCAGCCAAGAGCCAAGGAGCCUCCUCAUCAGGCUGCCCAACCUGCACCUGGAUUCUGUGGUUUCCCUGGAGGAGAUAGAUAAGAACCUGAAGUCCCUGGAGCGGUGCCAGUCCUUGGAGGAGCUGCAGCGGCUCUACGAGGCAGGCGACUACCAGGCUGUGGCCCACCUGCUGCGGCCCACCUUGUGCCUCAGUGGCUACGACCGUGCCAAGCACCUGGAGUUUGUCACCUCCAUCCCAGAGCGUCCCGCCCAGCUGCUCCUGCUGCAGGAUGCCCUUCUCAAACUCAAGGAUUACACGCGCUGCUUUGAGUGCUCUGAAGUCGCCCUCCAUGAAGCCAUCCAGCAGAUGGUGAACCUGACAGAUGCCACUGCCAAGGAAGAGUGGGUGGCCACGGUCACUCAGCUCCUCCUGGGCAUUGAGCAGGCCCUCUCUGCAGAUAGCAGCAUCCUGGAUGAGACCCUGCGCACUCCCAGCCUCAUCCGGCUUACCAACAACCUCAUCCAGGUCAUUGACUGCAGCAUGUCUGUCCAGGAAGAGGCCAAGGAGCCGUACGUGGCCUCCGUGCUGCCGUGGGUCAUCCUGCACCGGGUCAUCCAGCAUGAGGAGGAGGGCUUCCGGACCCGCUGUCAGCAGCAGCAGCAGCUGCAGAGCCCCGAGGACAGCGAAGGGAGACCAGACACCCCCCUGCUCCCUUCAUCGCUCAUGUUCCUCAACACGGCCCAUGAGUACUUGGGAAGGCGGUCCUGGUGCUGCAACUCCAAUGGAGCGCUGUUGCGCUUCUAUGUGCGAGUCCUGCAGAAGGAGCUGGCGGCCUCGGCCUCGGAGGACACGCAUCCCUACAAGGAGGAGCUGGAGACAGCCCUGGAGCAGUGUUUCUAUUGUCUCUACAGCUUUCCCAGCAAGAAGAGCAAGGCCCGUUACCUGGACGAGCACUCAGUGCAGCAGGUGGAGCUCGUGUGGGAGGAUGCUCUCUUCAUGUUUGACUACUUCAAGCCCAAGACCCUCCCAGAAUUUGACAGCUACAAGACGAGCACGGUGUCCGCAGACCUGGCCAAUCUCCUGAAGAAGGUGGCCACCAUCGUCCCCCGCACAGAGAAACCUGCGCUCAGCCUGGACGAUGUGUCGGGCUACAUCGAGGGGACCCUAAGCAAGGUGCCAUCGCUCCCAGAGGGCGCUGACCACUCACCGCCCGCGGUGAACGAACUCUACUACCUCCUUGCCGAUUACCACUUCAAGAACAAGGAGCAGUCCAAGGCCAUCAAGUUCUACAUGCACGACAUCUGCAUCUGCCCCACCAGGUUUGACUCAUGGGCCGGCAUGGCUCUGGCCAGGGCCAGUCGCAUCCAGGACAAGCUGAACUCCAAUGAGCUCAAGAGCGAUGGUCCCAUCUGGCGGCACUCGGCGCCUGUGCUCAACUGCUUCCGGCGCGCGCUGGAGAUCGACGCCUCCAACCUGUCGCUGUGGAUCGAGUACGGCACCAUGUCCUACGCGCUGCACUCCUUCGCCUCUCGCCAGCUCAAGCAGUGGAGGGCGGAGUUGCCCACCGAGGUGGUCCAGCAGAUGGAGGAGCGCCGCGACAGCAUGCUGGAGACGGCCAAGCUGUGCUUCACGUCGGCGGCGCGCUGUGAGGGCGAUGGCGAUGAGGAGGAGUGGCUUCUGCACUACAUGCUGGGCAAGGUGGCCGAGAAGCAGAAGCAGCCGGCAGCUGUGUACCUGCAGCACUACCAGCGUGCUGCUCACUACCUGCACGAAGAGGCCGCCCGCUACCCCAAGAAGAUCCACUACCACAACCCGCCCGAGCUGGCCAUGGAGGCACUGGAGGUCUACUAUCGCCUGCACGCUUCCAUCCUGAAGCUCGUGGGCAAGCCUAGCGUUGGGGUUGAUGCCGAGAGUCUGCUUGCCUUCAUGAAGGAGGCCGCCGAGGGGCCCUUUGCCAGGGGCGAGGAGAAGAACACCCCCAAAGUUUCCGAGAAGGAAAAGGCCUGUGUCGCUGAUGAAGACUCCCACUCUUCUGCUGGAACACUUCCGGGCCCUGGGACCUCCCACCCUCCCUCCUCCGGCCCAGGUCUGACUUCCCCACCUUACACAGCUACUCCGAUCGACCACGAUUACAUCAAAUGUAAAACGCCCCGCCAGCAGACGACACCGGACGAGAGGAGUCAGGAUAGUACUGCAGUGGCCCUUUCUGAUUCCAGCUCGACUCAGGAUGUCUUCAGUGAGCCCACCAGCUCCCAGGAGAACUCCCGGAAGCCUUCCCUGGAGAAGCGACCCCUAGGAUCCUGUGCCUCGGCUGCACUGCCAGGGCUGGUCCUGGAAAGGGGGAAAGGUGAGGAGCCUUUGGAAAGCAUAGAAUCUUUGCGGGCUCCAGGGGAGACUGGGCUCCUGAGAGCUGUGGUUGAUGUCUCGGCCAAGCCUGCAGCCUCUGCCCCCGCGCCGUCCCCAUGGGACGGCAAGAAGAGAGGUGAGCCCCUUGGGGAGCGGGCAGAGCUGUGCCAGCGGCUGCCAGCCGAUGCCGAGGGCCAGCGCAAAUUUCUGACGGAGCAGUGCGUGGCCUCCUUCCGCCUCUGCCUGAGCCGCUUCCCUCAGCACUACAAGAGUCUGUACCGCCUGGCCUUCCUCUACGCGCACAGCAAGACCCAUAAGAACCUCCAGUGGGCCCGAGAUGUGUUGCUAGGCAGCAGUAUCCCGUGGCAGCAGCUGCCGCACAUGCCCGCCCAGGGCCUCUUCUGUGAGAGGAACAAGACGAAUUUCUUCAAUGGAAUCUGGCGCAUCCCCGUGGAUGAGAUCGACCGCCCAGGCAGCUUCGCUUCUCACAUGAACCGUUCCAUCGUCUUGCUGCUGCAGGUGCUUUCCCAGCUAAAGGACUAUGGCACGCUGCUGAGGGUGUCCUCAAUGCUGCAGAGGACACCUGACCAGGGGAAGAAAUACUUGCGGGAUGCAGACCGCCAGGUCCUGGCGCAGCGGGCCUUCGUCCUUACCGUGAAGGUGCUGGAGGAGACCCUGACUGAGCUGACCGAGGGGUCAGAAGGCCACAGGAUGACCACAGAUGUUUCUAACAAGCCAAGUGCUGACGAUGGUAAUGAGGCCUUUCCCAAGAAGCCAGCUCUGUCUGACUGCGGGGGUGGGGGAAAGGGGGUAGUGCCCAACCAUGGCCCCUCAGCUGUGGACACAGCUGACCCCAGCACUCUCAAGGAACAUCCCCGGGUAAGCUCUACGGAGCCCAUGGAAAUGGAGCCAGAAAGGGCUGAUGCGGCCCUCCGGCGCCCUGAAGCAGAGAGGCCUCCACCUGCUCGCACACCCAAAGAUAGAGGGCCAGACGGCCGCCCCCCUGAGCUGUCCUUGGAGGACCUGAGCAUCAGCUCCCGGCAGCAACAGCUGCUUCCACAGCCGCCACUGCAGCCACUACUCACCAAGGGCUUGGGCCAGUCAGCUCUCGAUGAGGGUGGGCAGAAGCCCAGCCGCAAGAGGAAGUUACUGGAUGACCCCGAAUCUGGGAAGAGCCUUCUCCUGGAUGCUUACCGAGUGUGGCAACAUGGCCAGAAGGUCAUGGCCUAUGACUUAGGCAAGAUUGAGAAGAUUAUGUCUGAGACCUACAUGCUGAUCAAGCAGGUGGACGAAGGGGCUGCUCUGGAGCAGGCGGUCAAGUUCUGCCAAGUACACCUGGGGACAUCAGCCCAGCGACAGGCCACAGGGGACACCCCCACCACGCCCAAGCCCCCUAAGGACAGCAGGGAGAGCUUCUUCUGGGCCAACACAACGGCCUCCCCGGCCCUCCAGCCCGCACCCUCAAACUCUGACCCGGCCCCCCCUGACAUCCCCCCCAAGUCCAGGUCAGCUUCUGCCUCCAAGGAUCCUGAGGCCCCUCCAAGCAUGGCCUGUCCGGCUCCAGGGGAGGAGCCGGCAGCCAGUGGUCAAAGAGGCACCUUGGGACCUCAGCAGCAGGAGACCCAUCUUGGGCCGCAGGUGGACCCGGCCGUGGCUGCCACGCAUGACCCUGAGCUCAGGCAUGCUGAAGCCAUGACCAGCGCCAUCGCGGGAUGUGCCUGUGGCCAGGCCUCCAGCUCGAAGCCUUCGGGAAGUCUGGCACCCCGGGCAGAACCCCCCCGGGUCAAAGCCCGCCUUCUGCCCACCAUGCCCAAGCUCGUCAUCCCCUCCUCCAUCUCCAAGUUCCCCCCUGAGAUCACCGUCACUCCCCCGACCCCCACCCUCCUCUCCCCCAAGGGCAGCAUCUCAGAGGAAACCAAGCAAAAACUAAAGUCGGCCAUCCUGAGUGCCCAGUCCGCUGCCACUGUAAAGAAGGAGAGCCUUUGCCAGCCCGCCCUGGAGAUCCUGGAGAUGUCCAGCCAGGAGUCGUCCCUGGAGAGCGAGAGCGAGGAGGACGAUGACUACAUGGACAUCUGAGGGGCGUGGCCUCCGGCCUGGCUCCGCCCCCGGGAGGGCCGGUGCUGCCCCAUGGGGGAGGGGGGCUUCGCUGGGCUUUUCCCGUGGGCGGACACGAGGGGGCGCUUUUUCUAAAGCUCGUGCCCAGGGCUCGCUGAAGCAGGACGGAGCGCAUCCUUUUCUACAAGUGUCAGUUUUGUAAGAGGCAGACGCGCAGUGGCUGGACCCGCCUGGGCCGGGCAGUGUCCCGGGGCGUCAGCCUCGAGCUGCGCGGCUGGUUGUUUUCUAAUAAAGUGGACAGCGUG